GGAAGGAGUGGCGCCUCCGCUGGUGCGCAGGUGGAAACAAUGGACGAUGACUUUGAGGCUUCCUCCUCACCCUUCUUUCUCACUGAAAGCUUGGAGAUGGCAAUGGAAGUGGAGAAUGAGAACUCAAAGCCACCUUGUUUUUCCUGUGCUUUUGACAACCAAAAUGGAGGGAGAAGCUUCUCUGCAGAGUCUUAUUUAGCAAGUGGGUCUCUUAAGAGGGUUUUGCUGAGACUAGAUCCUUCUCCAAAUGACUAUGAUGAAGAUGUAGUGGAAAUGUUUGGCUUUCAGUGGGUUACUGAAAUGGCCUUAGUUGAAUCAUGUGAACUUCUCUUUGGAUUACUUAGGCAACAGAUACACAGACUGGAAGAUCUGGUACAAAUGAGUUCAUCUGAUUUUGGUCAAGCUGCAAGCUUGCACUCUGAAGCAGAGAGCAUCAGACAUCAAUGUAUUGAGUUUUUGCAUUAUGUGAAAGUUUUCAUCUUCAGGUACCUGGAACCCCCUAAAGUGGUAAAUGAUGGAAUGCUCCAUCCAUAUGAAGAAUUAGAAGCACAGUUACCGUCAGUGUUGGUGGAAGAGCUUCAUGCUUUGACCAUGCACAUCGGUCACCUUUGCGAACUCCCUAGUAGUGUCCUGGCAGCAUUCACUAUUCAACAUCAGGCAAAGGUCUUUCCCCCAUCAUGGCAUUUACUACACCUCCACUUGGAUAUUAAUUGGCUAGUAUUGGAAGUUCUUCAUGUACUAGGUGAAAAAAUGAUGAGACAAGUUGUAUAUGCUAACCAUUUCAGAAAUCUAACUGGAGAUAAUUUAACCAGUAUCAGUUUAUUUGAAACACACUGUGGAAAUCUCAUAUCUGAUUUAAUAAGCUUGUCCAUCAACAAGUACAUAAAGGUGAGACCUUCUGAGGCUCUUGCUAGUCACCAUUAUCCCUGUACCUGCAUUAAAGAAUUAUGGAUUCUACUUAUUCAGCUGCUGGACCACAGAAAUAAAGGGUCUCACACAGAGUGUUUCUGGAGCUUGGUGAACAAAACUUUAAAGAAUAUAUUUGAAAGGCCAAGUAGUUCUGAAACAACGUCUGUUUUUGAAACAAUUCAGUGUAAAGACCCAUUGAGUUUUAGCUGGUGGAUUAUUACUCAUCUGGCAUCACUCUACCAGUUUGACCGUAAUGGAAAUCUAGAUGAAAAGAAACUGAAGGAAUCCAAUUGGAAAUUUGUCGAAGAACUCCUUAAAAAAUCCACUGAUGCUCAAACUGGUGUGUUAGAGGAACACUUACGAAUGCAUCUUCAGUGUUGUUUGACCUUGUGUAGUUUCUGGGACGUGAACGUAUCUAUUGCCAGCAUACUCUGGGAUUAUUACAGCAAGAACCUGAACAGUUGCUUUACUGUUCCUUGGCUUGGUCUGAAGGGUCUGGCAAAUGUUAGUAAAACUUCUUUGUCAAUGCUUGAGCUGGUGAAAAGUUGCUGUUGUGAACAGCAGAUCCCCGCCCUGUACAAGUCCAGCAACAGUUACUUCAUUUUUCUCAGCAUUUUGGCACGGAUGAUGAAAGAAGCACAGAACAGUGGCGUGCAUCCUUGGAAACAAAUUAAAGGACGAAUCUAUUCCAAGUUCCAUCGGAGAAGAAUGCAGGAGCUGACAGAAGUGGGACUGCAGAACUUUUUUAACCUGUUCCUCAUGCUGGCAAUUGUUGCAGAGACAGAAGAUAUAGUGAGUCGAGUGUUGGAUCUUUUGGAUUUUCGGACUCUGUCCUCUGUCACUGUGUCUCAGAGAGCUCUCAUCUGGAGAGGUCAUUUUGCUUUCCUUUUGAUUUAUGUUGAGAAGAACAUGGACAUUAGCGUCCUAGCUGAGAAACUCUCAAAUGCUUUCCGUGAGAAGGCAAAGGACUUUCUAGUAACCAAAAAUGACUACACACAGAAACAAGAUCUCUGGACUCUAAUUGCAACCUACAUUGAUGGUGUCCAAGAAGUAUUUGAGACCAGCUGCUACUUGAGCCUUUCUGAGGAAAAGUUGCUAAACGAUGGCUUUACUAUGCUGCUGCCUGCUUGUCGAGGAGCUGAACUGAGUAUGGUCCUAAAUUUUCUUCAGGUUGUUCUAGCCAGGCUUCGGAGUGUGCACAAACGUGUAAGCCAGGGACUUCAACUGGGGAACACAGCCCCAGAUGCUCAGCUUCCAUUAGUGGCUAAAGAGCACCACCUUGCUGUCGCCAGUGCUCUCUGGAGAAAUUUCUUUCCCUACUUGAAGAGCCAGAGAAUGUCACAGAUGCCACCUUCCCCACAGCUUGCAGAUACAGCGGCAGGUUUUACUCUCUUAGCUUUGGAUAUGCCCAGCAAAGCCCUAUCAGAACUCCAGCCACAGCCUGUUCUAUCAAUGAUGCAGCUGUUUGGAUGGGAUGACAUGGUGUGGCCUCAGCUGGUGUCAAGAUAUCUAAGUCACCUAAUUCAAAACAGUGCACUGUGUGAAGCUUUUUCUAGUAUGGGAUAUACAUCCUAUGAAGCUUUGACAGUACGUUCUUGGUUUCGAUGCAUUUUGCAAAUGUUCAUAGAUCAACCAAGUGGUAUGCUGGCCAAGACAGAUGCUGAGCGAACAGUUGGGAAAGCCUAUAUGGAGCAGCUGACUGAAAUGACAAGACUGAUUUUUAAACUCUCAGAAGUAGAAAACAUUCUUUCAAAGGCUCAUGUUGAAGAGUCAUUUUUCAAGCAAGACCCUAAAAAUGCUCUGGUUCAAUUCAUUAAGGCUGUUGGUAGAACUUACAGUGGCCUUCAGACCCUUCCUGAGAAAUCUGCCAUGGUAGCAAAGACGCUGGAGUAUUUAGGUGACGUAUUAAAGUAUGUAAAACCUUAUCUGAAGGUAAAAGGACCUCCAGAAGGUCUGCAGCUUACAUAUUGGAUCAUAGGAUGUCUAGUAAAGUUCUGGGCACCAAUACUGGCUACUUCCAAAUCACAGCAACUCUUGUUCCGCAUUGUGGAUUGCUUACUGCUGCCACACUCUGUGCUCCAGCAGGACAAAGAGCUGCCUGUGGCUUUGCUGUCUGCCAUUCAGGAAAGCCUACCUCUUUAUCUUCAGGGCCUGUCCUUUAUAUGUUGUCAGUCCCAAACGCAGUGUGCCUAUUUAAAUCAACUGCUUGGGAGUAUUAUUCAACAGUAUUUUGGACGAUUUCUCCCUUCUUCUCCAACUGCGCCUGGAGCUGGACAGCAUCCUAUGCUGACUGCUUUAUGCAGUUCCAUUACAGCCCCCCAGAUGCUCCGACUAAGGAAGACCACUCUGCAUGUUGUAAAUGAAAAUUACAUGCAGUUCAAAGGUAAUGCUCCACCACCUCGCUUGGCCUCAGUUCUUGCUUUCAUUCUUGACGUACUUCAGAGAACUCAAAGCACUGAACUAUGUGACAUUGAAUUGGUUCUCCCGGCCGUGUUGAAAUGCAUGGUGUUGGUUAAUGAGCUACAAGUUAAAAAAAUAUCUACAGACCUUGUACAGUACAUGGUAGAAUGCUGCCAAGCAGGGUCAGGAGGAGAACGUGCCACCCAGCUGACUUCUGUAUUUAGGCAGUUUAUCCAGGACUACACCGCCGUGUAUGAUCACCGGGUUUUCAGCAUACUAGAAACAGUGGCAGUCUUGGAUCAGACGUUAGUUACCAGCCUGAUUCCCACAAUCACACAGUCUCUGAAGGAUUCAGAGCACAAACAAGGUCUUGGAAGAAAUGCAGCACAGAGAGAAGCCUAUAAAAGACUCUUAUCUUACCUCACAGAGGCUGGACAAAAUGAGAUACAAAAACUGGAAAGUGAGACAGGUUAGCAGUGUGCUGGUGUUUAAUCGUUUCCUCUUGAACGUUCUGACACUGUCAGUACCUAAACCUGCAUUCUAUGACACACUAGCCAAGUUCUUUUUCUUUACAAUGGCAAUGUCUUUAUCAGUUUUUUGUUUCCCCACCCCUCCUAAGUUAUGUAUUAAUUUUAAUAAUUUCUGUGAUAUUUGAAUAAUGUCAUGCAUCUGAAGAGUAACAGUCAAUAUACUGUUGAAUGGCAAUUGAAAGAUCCAGUGAACUUAUUACACGUUAAAUGUCUAUAUGAGCAGAGCCUGUAUUGCAACAUAGGAGAUAGGAUUUCAAAGAAUCGAAGUAAUUUCACAACUCAGCUCACAUUGAGUGAGACCUGACCCUCUUAACACUGUACUUCUGAAAUUCUUAUUCAGUAUGUUCUUAGGAAAAUCAUAACUUUGUAAUUUCUAACUUAUUUUAGUAGAAUGAAAAAAAGCUGUGAUCUUGUUAAAUACAUUGCAUUCACCAGGAAUUUCACCAGUAUGAUAGAGCUAUCGUUGGUUGAGAGCGCUUGUAUGUAUGUUUCAUGAAAUGUAUAUAACUGUCUUAACCUCCCACCUAUAUUAAAAUAUUACAGUCUUUCAAAUUCCAGUGUAAAAUCUCUUCUGUUAUUGUGGGUAAUAUAAGAAAAGGUAGGUUCAGAUUUCCUGUCCUCUUUCUUUUCAAUACUAUUUUCUUAAAAUUAACCCAUAUUUACAGUGAUCCCACAAUCUUUUUAUUAGUCGCGACACUGUUAAUUAUCCAUUUAAUUUAGACUAGAUGUAAACUGUGUGAGGAAAAAAAAAAAGGAGGACAGGCUUCUAAAGAACAUAUUAAUUUAGGGAAUUAUUCCACUUGAUCAUACACUAGUAAUUAUUUCUGUUUGCCUGGGAAGUUGGAUCUUUCAAAUAUUUUGCCGUGUUAUGGAUUAUCGUUUAGGUCUUUCCAGGAUAGGUCUAGCUCUGUAACUUUCUCUACUUUUUUUUUUUUUCUGAAGUUCUCAGGAAAGUUCCGUUAAUGCCUGUGGUAUUCACACUUCUCACUUCCCUCAGUAACCUGUAUUACUGAAACUACUUACUGGACUUUGGGAGUGGUAAGUUUGCCCCUAAUGGCAACACUGGUGAACAGGCUGCUUCUAAAAUUAUCCAAAUUUUAACUUUACUAUAUUAAUGGGAAGCUGUCUAACAGCUCCACAAAAAAACCCUAAAAUCUUGUUCAGAGCAGCUUUUCUUUCAUUGCAGUAAUCUUAUCAAGUCGAACUAGAUAAUCUUUUUGCCUCAAUCGGCUAUCGUUACUUCAGAUAAUGCAGUAACUAAAAGCCUCUUUAGGCUACUUAAUAGUGCAGAACAUGGAGGUUCUUUUCAUUAUGGAAGUGACUUACUGAACUUGCAUUGUAGUUUCUUGUAAGCUUCUGUACCUGGGAGGAGUUUUAUUCAUCUCAAGAGGAUUGUGCUUCUAAAAAGCUUUUUAAAUAAAUAAAUAAAUAAAUACCUCUCCAAGAGAGAUUAAUAGAGAUGUCUUUGAAAUUUGUGUCCUAUCACACAGUAGUUUAUGGAGCAGAUGACUGACUGUGGUAUUACUUCCUGAACGUAAAACCUUUGACUUUUAAAGGAUGGAGCAGAUAUUAUAACAAAACAUUUAAGGAUGACUAUAGUAGAUUGUUAAAGACCACUAUCUAUAGUGCCUGGAAGUUUCUGAAAAAGCAACAUAGCUUUAUGUAAAUCUGUAAUAGCUCCUGGUGCAUGAGAAAUUAACUUAAACUGUUUGGAAAUUAUUAUUCUCUGUCAAAAAGUUAAUGUGAACAGAAAUAAAGCAUUUUGCAUCAUAUUCAUCAACCACUGCCAAAUGGGCAAUCUGGUUUGGUCUAAUUAUUUGGUAUGGACAUUUGCAGAUGUGACUGACAGUUCUGAUAAUAUUAAUGAGAUGAAGGCUUGCAGACUGUUAGUCUAUACUGCCUUACCAAGUAUACACCAAAACAACAGUCCAAAAUCAGUUAGAAAAGAAGAAAGUGCUGAAUUUAAUUAUAAUAUAGAAAAAGUAAAGACUGAAAACCACCAUGAACUGAAAUUAUGUAUUAUGUCUUAUUAGAUGCUGUCUGUGUAGAGGCUGCUUAGGAGAGUGAACAUUAUUUAAGUUAAAUCUUCCUAUAUUACUUUACAUAUGAAGAGUUUGGUUUAAAAACAGUACAAAUGUCUAGCUUCCUUACACAAUGCAUAGAGAACUGCUUAAGCUAAGAGCAGGAGAUCCUGGAAAGCUUUUACACUGGUUGCUACCACUGGCAGGAGCAGUUCAUUGGCAUGUAGAUGCAAAGUCUGCCUCUUCACUGUGCUUAAUAAACAAUAGAAUAGAGCCUUGCUGUAAAUCAGGUUAAGAGGGGAUAUGAAAAUAAGACUUCCACUAUUGGGUGAGUGGUAUCCUUAACCUCUGGCAGAGGAAGGGAAGCUUGCUUUCCUCUUCUCCCUCCACCAGAGACUCAUCCCCACAGUCGUUUGUGCAAGGUUGAAAUUGGUGGGUGUGUGCUGAGGUGUCUGUAUUGGACCCUGUACGCAGAGUAGGAAAAGUGUGAAAGCAGCAGCAAGUCAGCUGUGAGUUCUGCCAGGGAUCAGUAGCCUGGUAACAUGGAGUUUGGCUCUGUGGCACCUGAAAAUAUCAUCAUAGGGUUUAGCCAGCAGAUACUUAAGUGUGCAGUGACUUUGGACAGCAACUAAGAAUAAUUUUAAACACCUCAGCAACUCCCUAAUGUUAAACUUACAUAUAUCUUUUGCUUCUGGCAUUUUCCUGUCAGUGUGUAUGGAUGCUUUGUAAGUAUUUGAAAUCUGAAGUGAAUGGAACCAGCAGACACUUCUGGUAUUACUAGUCAAGUCUUACACCAACCCCAGAGGCUCCAUGAGAUGGCAGUCUUUUCAUGUUCGGACAGGCAAUUUCAGGCAUCCAUUGUCAAGACACUGUAGGGAGCACCAGGACAGAAAUCCUCUCCUGACUACAGGGUGAAGAUGUGUCACUGCCUUGCCCUGCCUUAUGGCUUUUGAAGGCUUUGUUUCUCAGGAGUAACAGAUAAUGGAUGAGCAGCAGAUUCCACUAGUGCUGGGCAGAUGUCUUUCUCUGCUGAUCCAUUGGCAGGAUGAUCUGCUUUCCACUAAGCAAUAUAGAUCAGAUGCCUAUUUUCCACUCUCCCAAGUGAGUAUCACAGGGAUAGAUGUUGAUUACAGGAAAAGGGUUGUGCCUUAAAUCCAAGGUGAUUUCCAACAGAUGAAAAGUAUAUAUCUUUUCUAGAGAUAUAUACCAAGCCUAACUUUGUAUCUAAUAAAGACUGGUAAUUAAUACAAGGGCUGUCAUUGCCUGUGGAGAAGACAACAGAAACUGCCACUUGGAUGUUGCCAGCCCCUGACAGCAGCUGUGUGGAUCAGUUUGCUAGUGGGGGCUGUGGUUCCAGGCAGAGGCCAGACCUUAAAGUAGGUGCCUGCAACAGGUGAGCUGAGGAUUGUGGAUUUGGUAGGGGUCGGUGACUCUUGCAAGCAAGUCACUGGUACCAAUACCACCGGUAUUUGGACAGACAGACACCAGUGCAGUUCCUUCACACAGCUCAUUCAGGCUUUUGUGUCCUCUCACAGGCUUGCAGAGCAACAGCAGGACAAAGGCCCCCACCUGUGUCCUUCCUUCAUUCCCUUCUUGUCAGCCAUCGCCUGCCCACAUGUGCUGUGGUGGAAGGUGAUGCUGACUGUCAGCCUGUUGUCUCAAAGCAGCACUCGGUAUUACCGGAGGGCUGAAAGGCAAAUCGCUGUUGGGUGCAAGAUGAUACGCUAUGGAGACACAGCAGUGGUCUGAGUUAAGAGUCAGGUCAGACCCAAUGUGCCAAAGCCACGCUGCGGCUGUGAGUGUGUUGACUGCACUAACAUGUCCCUGCUCUAGACAGCUUCGUUCUGCCCCUGCUUGGGUCUGAACAUCACCAUAAAGUAAUAGCCUGAUUUUGCCUUUUAUAGGAUCCUCCUUUGGCCCACAUUUUCGUAGCAGCAGAAUACUAUUGUACUUCUUGGAACAGAAGUGUCUCUCACUGUAUGUUUAAAAAUAACAUUGUCUGCAAAAAGGGACGUUUACUGCACUUGUAACUAACUUCCAUAACUGAGAGUGAAAAGAUCCUGAGAAAAGGGUAUAGUUAAAAAUUCUUAAUGAAACUCAGAGCAACUUCAACAUAUACACCUGGGCUUAGUCCUCCUCCCUUUCUACGUAUGAAAAGUUGGUGGUAUUAACCUAAUUUGAACAUUAAUUAAUUACUCUUACUACAGGAUCAUCAUAUGUCAAUGGAGUUAUAACAAACUAUUAAAUCUCAGUAAGAUUAUUCUUCUGCCAGGCCACUUACAUGGUCCAGGGGUAACAGUUUUAAACUGGAAGAGGGUAGAUUUAGGU